AUCAGGGGAAAAAAAAGGAAGGAAUUCAAAACCGCGUUCUCUAUAGAGUCCCAACCUGUCAACCAUAUCUGAUACCACAUCUCCCUAGCACUAUCCAUCAAUGCUUCCACGUCUUAUAUAUACUCUGUCUCUCAUCAGAAUUCACAAUUAAAAUAUUUUUUCCAAUAUUCUGAAACAUCCAAAUCCGAAGCUAUAUAUACCCUUUCAUUCCUCCUAGUGCCCAGUUGAAUCACAAUUCACAAUCAGCUAGCUACUACCUGUGCCUUUUUGCCUUUCACCAAUUCACCUACAAUACGAAACAAGCUACAGAGUACCCAGACACACCCCAGAGAGAGAGAGAGAGAGAGAUCAAUACAUCGACGCUUUCAGAAUGAAUUCUAAUGGUGAUUUCAUUGCUACUACUAGUACUACUGCUAGCAGCAAUUCACAGCCAAAAUCAGUACUCGCUAGUUUGAGGAGGAAACUAUCCCCAAGAACAAAGUCAUGUUCUGAAGAUGCUAGAAGAUGCAGCAGCAGAAGCAGUAACAUCAGCGAGGCCAGCUCCGACCUCCAAAUGGUGUUUGAUUUCAUUGACGCAAACGGUGAUGGAAAAAUAUCAGCAGAAGAAUUGCAGAGGUGCGUAAGAACAGCGGGAGGGCACCUGUCCAUGGACGAAGCCGAAUUAGCCGUUAAGUCAUCAGACUUGGACGGAGACGGGAUGCUGGGGUUCCAUGAAUUUCAGGAGCUGGUGGAGGGUGGAGGCUCCACUGAGGAGGAGAGAAAAAAAGAGCUGAGGGAGGCUUUUGGGAUGUAUGUGAUGGAAGGUUCAGAGUGCAUAACCCCCGCCAGUUUGAGAAGGAUGCUCCGUCGGCUGGGUGAGUCCAAGUCUAUCAAGGAUUGCAAGGCCAUGAUUCGUGCCUUUGAUCUCAACGGAGACGGCGUACUCAGCUUUGAUGAGUUCAGUGUCAUGAUGCGGUGAUCGAUUCCCUUCUUCCCAUACGCGUUUCGAGUUUCACAUGAACCCCCCAACUCUUUACUACGGAUUGCCUCUGAUUUUUCAUUAUUUAUUUGUUAAGUAGUUUAUUCAUUUUACAUUUUUCAGUUCUGCAAAUAGAGCUUUUAUUGAUACAAUCGUUUACUUCUUUUCC